CGCCAGGAUCAGCGCGCGCUGCUGCAGUUUAGCGCGUCCCUAAACAUCAACCUCUGACUCAAAACCAUGACAACCAAAUGCGUCCCAAGAAGAGUUUUCGGCAAGUGAUAUAAAAUGACUGGAAGAGCGGGGAGACAAAUUCAGAAAAGGAAGGCAAGGGUCACACCUGGUGUCAACUACUGAUAAAGUGAUACUCUCAUUUCUUCCCUUUGUUACAUUAUGAACAUUGCCACAUGGAGUUGCCUAUUGCUAACGCUGCUGGCGGCACGUUCCUCUUCUGGCGAAACAAAGACGGAUGUCCUACUCGUUAAGACCUUGGACGCCUUGGAUCAUGUCUUGGAAUAUCUUAUGGAUCAGCACAGAAACAUCAACUUGGAUGCGGUCAUCGGGACUAGGAUGGUUGAAGCUACCUUUUCCAAUUUGAUCCACCACCUUGAGACUGCGCCAAAGUUUUUACGGAAAUCGACAGUGAAAAAUGCCUUGAAGAGAAUAACUGCCUUGAGGAAGAAGGCUGAAGAUGUCAGUGAAAAAUCCCUCCCGUAUAUAAAAAAGGACACACCUGAUUAUUACCAUUUAAUCAGUCCAAUCCUACAAAAAGACUUUUGGAACAUGGAUUACCCGAGUCGUGACCUUGACCCCGACCUUGUCGUUCCGGUCAUCUACAACAAGGAGAUAAUGCGGGAGAACGAUUCCGAUAUAUGCAUCUCGGAGUAUUUUGGAACCGGGUCUUCAAGUCGAAAAUGUGAUAUAAGCGAACAGUGCUGGAAGCUGAUGACGUCACCCGGGUACAAACUCUACUCCUUAUCUCAUGAACAUUUUUACAUUCAAAUAGGUAUUCAGUAUGGCUGCUCCAAUAAAAUGAAAAUAAUGCGAUUGCUCAAUAACCAGCCGAGUCUGGAGAGAUUAAAGGCUAUCUACUGCUCGAACAUGCUAGAGGAGGCUCGCGGUCUUGCGGCAGACGACUUCCCGCCAAUCAAACGCGAUCUCUUUAUGGAACAAGCUGCUCUUUGCGGAAUGAUUGGCUACCGCCAAUUCUUUAAUUCUGAAUGGUUAGAGGCGAUCCUGAGCUGGCAGAAGCCCAAUGGAUGUUAUGGAUUCGCAGGGGACAGAUCAGAUAAUUUACAGACUUUACAAAAAAUAAGCGAGACACAGAGCCGGCGCCACAAGAGAUAUGAAAAGCCACUAGAGCAUCAGUGUCUCUCUCAUAGGUCCACAGUCGCUGCUGCAGCCCUUGGCCAGUACGUCAGAUACAUUCUAGAACAGAUCUACCGGACCUCAAUGUCUUCAUAAGUCACUUGUAAAAAUGCGCACCACGACAAAUCAAGCUGUUCGUUCCAUCUUCAGGCUCGGGGUCUCAUAACCUGUGAUGACCUCUACGGGCGGGAUUAACAUUUAGUAGCAGCCAAACUGGUAAAUUCCUUGGGCGAGAUAUAGCUUAAGAUUAUUUCUUCCAUUUUUGUUAAAAGAACAAAUACCAUCAAAGUUUCGAAGGAACACAAUCGAGGAAACCUGAUCUGAACAAAUUCAGUUGUGUAUUUUUUUGGAAAGAAUAUGGAAGAGCUUUGCUUCUCAGUAAAGAAAUGGGGCGUAAUCUUAAUAAGCUCAUCUUUCAUGAAAUUGCAUGGUACUUAUUGGCUCCUUUUACCUCACACACUAAAACAGGUAAUGGAAGGCAUUUAAGGAAAUUGCUAUAACUGCUGCGAAUGAUUUGCUGUGUUUCACCAAUAAACGGUCAUUCGAGAAGAAUUGUUUUUCUUGUAGCCUACGGACUCCAUUUUCAUUUUCUCGAAAUGUACAAAAAGAAACCGAAGUUACGAAGUCCAAUAAUGGGAAUCUGUCAGAUACUCGUCGAGUAAGUUCAGAUUCAAUGCGAUUCAUAUUACCAAGAGUAUACAAUCAUUGUCCAUUCGUAAAUGUUUUGUGUACAUCGUUUUGAAGCCUGCUCUGGAGAGCGAACUACUGGCCAGAUUUCAUUGAAGUUAGAUUUCUAUUCUAAUAUAUGUACCUCGCGACCUCAUUUCAUUAACAUGUAAUGGUCGCGAAAUAAAUUUUGUAAAUGCAUUUGUGUACAUUGAUGAAGUGCAUUGAAUUUCGACACUUUCCGCUCUGUACGGUUAUUUUGACCAAUUGAGAUGAAAGGUUCAGGUGAUUAUUUUUACCGUGCCAAGUUUAAAUGAGAAAUAUCUAGAAAGAAAGGCUUUUCUAGGGUGUAUCGCCAAAAUUGCCAUGGUUUUUUUUAAUUCUGAUGCUGAAUCCUACAAAUCCUGUUUGAUUGCGAAGCAAUGAUCAAUGGAGAAAUAAAAACUUCAAAGAAAUCCACAUACAUGGAGUUUGGGCCCCAGAGCCCAGAACGUUGGCAAAGAAAAAACGAAUAGCCAAUAGGAGAAAAAGUAUUCUUGGUGUUACCUUACAGUCUAGGAUGUUCUUAUGUAUCUCUUUAUCCUGUCAUAUACGUAUCUUCUAAUGUACCAAGUUACUUCGCUGAAAUUUGACACAUUGUCUCGGCCAUUAUUGGUAAAUUGGCUUCCAUUACAUAUUUGUAAACGAUAUUUUUUCAAUGUUCAAAUCACCAAAGGUGUUUGCCUAACCUUAGCAGUAGUUCAAAUUCGCCACAUUUCGGAAAGCAAAAUUGACUGGGAAUCUUCCCCAAGUUGCUCAUUAGUCCCUUGUGAUUGGCUGACGCUCCGGUGAUGCGGAAUUUUUAUUUUUAUUUCCCCGACUUUUCGUCAUGUACAGAACAUAUAGAAAGCAGAGUAGCGUCCACGACCCGAAUGUCAGUAUUGGAGUGCGUUCACGGAAUAUCUUAAGAGUAGGCCUGACUUUGAAUUUCGACGGUAAAAUAUAUUAUUUAGUCUGAUUAAUGCAUUCCUUGUGCAGUCGCGUUCCGCGCCUUGGUCGCGUUCCUACUUGAAUAUCCUUUGGGCGUCCAGUGUUGAUCGUGCGCCCGACGCCGACGGUCGUGCAUCGAAGUAAAAUGUAAGUAAUCGGCUCAGGGCAGAUGUACAUGCAGAUCGUCUACGGCCUUCCUCAACUGGAUGUGUAAAUUUGUGUCCUCCGUGUUAACCGUUUUCCCCUGUCUGUGAUGUCAGAUAUUAAUAAAAUAAUUUUCAGCAGCAAA